CUUCGGCCUCAUCGACGAGCGCAUCGCCGCUUCGGCGCUCUCCUCGCCGCCGCCGAGUCAACCGAUACAGGCGCGAUAGAACAGAUGGCCAGGAGCCGUCGCCGCCGCCGUCACCGACGAGAUCAGCGGCCACCGUGCCCAGACGAACCCGCACCGCAGGAGCCCGCUCCCAGGGAAGUUGCUGUUGCAGAAAGGCCCUCCAAGAAAACCUGCCAUGCCUCAAGCUUUACCUCCACUGCUACAUCGGGGCCUGAUGUUUGGGCAGAUCUCCUGGAUAGCCUGCUUCAUCAAAUAAUUGCCCUCCUUAUCUCAUUCCAUGACCUCCUUGCUUUUAUCGCCACCUGCCGCUCUUGGCGCGCUGUGCUCUCUUCCCUCCCGCCUUCAUUUAGCUUUAGCUUCCCACCUCUCCACCUCCGACCAGAUAUUGAUUAUCCUCAUCCCCAUCGCAGCUACAUCAAGUAUGACCUUUUAUCCAAUUUCAAGUGGCAGCUCACUGAUCCUGCAAAGCGAACCUCCUCCCUUCGCUGUUCAGCUCCCCAAAACCUUCGGGGCCACAUGCACUAUUUGGGCUGCUCACAUGGUUAUCUUAUCUUCUCCAAUUUGGAGCAUUGCCUCCUUGUUGAUGUGUACACUGGUGCUGCCGUGAGACCUCCCAAACUCAAAUCCACUGGUAACCAUAAAAUCUACUAUGGAAUUCUUGUAGCUGCCCUCAACUCACCCAACUCGAGUCUCCUUCUUUGCUCGAGAUCAUCCAUGUUCCAGUGGCAGGUUGGAACAAAAUCUUGGUUGGAGCACCCUCUUCCUCUUGAUGGCGAACACAUCCUUCAAAUCGUGUUCUUCAAAGGUGAGAUGUUUGCCAUGGACUUCCUUGAGAGGCUUCGCCGCAUACGCUUGGCACCUCAGCUCAACGCGCAGGAAGUAGCAGUUGUCUGGGAAGAGGACAUGGUUGUAGGCCUGAAUUUUAAGCCAUGGUUGGUGGUCCACGGUGACAUGCUUCUUUUGGUUGACCUCUCAGUAAGCAUUGAUGCCUUAUCUGGCUUCUCUGGAACCUUUAAAGUCUUCCGCCUCGACUUUUCAAUUGAACCUGCUAAGUGGGUAAAGGUGGAGAAUUUGGGAAACAAUGCUCUCUUUGUUAGCCUUGAUAGGAGAAAUCCAACAUUUUCUUGCAUGAGCCCUGAAAGAUGGGGAGGAAAGAGUAACUGUAUUUACGUUGCCGACGUGUCUGAAGAUUCUGAUGAAGCUUGGACUGUGGUCGAGCUUGGUCAGGCAGUGCCUAGCACAACGGUGUGCUGUUCAUACAGACCAGAACACAUCCAGGCACCCAGACCCAAUGGCCAUGGCAAGCAACCACAAAAUCUUUGGGUGCUCCCCAGUUUGGUUCAUGGCGUUGGGCAGUGACCAUCUUUGCAUGCAGCAGAGUUUUGGCUAGUCUUGGACAAGCCCUGCCCAAGUUCCCACAGCUGCUUUUGUGUGAUGGAGUAAGUGGGUCCUGUAGUUGUACUCUAUUUUUUUUAGACCUGGCAUGGAGGUAGUCGUGUACAAGGAAUUUAUAAAUUGUGGUGAACAAUGGACGCUGAAAUUGCGUUUGUCAUCUGCUGCGUCAGAGCUUUCCAGGAGAUGCAGCAGAAGCCCGUUGCAUUGCAAGAUUAUUCUGAAAAUGUAUGACAGUAUCCUGAAAUUUUGCUCCAUGAUCUCCAUUGUCUGCUGCA